UCCUAAACUCGUACAUUGUAUUCAAAUGAUUUUUGUUAACGUGCAAUAUUUGUUAGUAGGGAGCCAUAGUGCCACACUGCCAAUUCGAUUUCGAUAUAUGUUAUUUAAAUACAUAUAGUUCGUUUUUACUAAUUUGUUAACGCGUUAUAUUAUAUACGUAUACAUAUAUAGAGACGUAUAAUAUUAAGUAUUUUUAAAAUGUCUAUACAUUGUUACACUCCUUCCACAGUAUCCAAACAUAAAGGAACUUGUGAUGCAUGGAUCAGCAUUCAUGGAAAUGUAUAUGAUAUUACCAAUUUCAUUACAGUGCACCCGGGAGGUGAAGAAGUUCUUGUUGAAGCAGCAGGAACAGAUGCAACAGUGUGUUUCGAUAGUAUAGGACACUCAGAUGAAGCGUACAAGUUAAUGAACGAUUUAAAAAUAGGAAAGUUAUCAUCAAAAGAUGAGUGACCAAGGCUACACGACACCUAAUGUACCCACAGCAGACUAGAAGAGCGAAACCACUUGCUCACCUUUUUUUUAGUUAUUUUUUUCAGUUUAUGUAUUAUAAAAUGUUUGUUAGUUAGUAAAAAGAUUGAAAAUUGAA